CUAGAUUACGGCAGCUUUGCUGCUUUUGCGUCAUUGUAACGCAUUGAGAAGAAUGUCAAAAGAUGUUGUAGAACGAUUGGUCCCUUAUGAAUUGGUGGAUAUCGGUGCUAAUCUAGGACAUCCCUCAUACAAAAAUGAUCUGCAUGAUGUCAUAACGCGGGCAAAACAGGCAGGUCUCUGCAAGCUCAUGAUCACGGGCACAUCUGAAAAAGUGAGUGCAGAAUGUAAGAAACUUGCUGAGACCAUGCCAGGUUUCCUUUACUUCACUGCAGGUGUGCAUCCUCAUGAUGCUAAAGAUUUUGGUGAAGACUCAUUGGAUACUUUGAGAACUCUUCAGGCUCACCCGCAAUGUGUUGCAGUAGGAGAAUGUGGGCUAGACUUCAACAGAAAUUUCUCACCUCCGGAUGUGCAGAAGGAAGUAUUCAAAAAGCAGGUUGAGUUGGCAUGUGAACUCAAUGAACCACUAUUCAUACAUGAAAGAGAAGCUCAUGAGGAGAUGGUACGAAUCCUUAGCAAUGCUGGAGAGAGGCUACCACCUGCUGUUAUGCACUGUUUUACGGGCACAGAAGAAGAGGCCAAGAAGUAUGUGGAGAUGGGCUUGUACAUUGGGUUAACAGGUUUUCUAUGGAAGGAUCGGCUGCCAAAUGGGGUGCAGGUAGCUUUGCGAAACGGCUCUAUACCUCUGGAACGUUUGCUGAUAGAAACUGAUGCUCCGUUUAUGUACCCAAAAAUAAAUGAUAAGAAGCUGCCAAAAGAUGUCAAAGAAGCCAUAAGCGAUUCUGCUAAGCAGUUACAUAAGUUCGCCUCCUUCGAUCGUAAUGAGCCUUGUGCGUUGGCAGCCAUCUGUGAAAUGAUAGCCGCUUUCAUGGGCAAGGAUCCUAAAGAGGUUGCCGAGAUGACAACACGAAACGCCAAACGGGUGGCAGAUCCAACUGCCCCAGGCCAGUUUGCCCUUGACACUGUUGUCAUUGCUGUGCUCAACUGUGCCCUGUGGUACCACUUUCCUCAGCUAACAGCCCAAGUAGUUGUGGCGCUAUUUUAUGCGGAAUUUCUGUCAAUUGACGCUAUGGAGUUGCUCAUCGAACAGUCACUGAAUGGAGCUCGUCAACGUAAUCUACUACGGUUGUUGCUGAAUUCAAAGGUUUUCAAAUUUGGUGAAUUUGUGUUGAAAAGUGGCCAGAAGUCACCUAUUUAUAUAGAUCUCAGAGAAUGUUUCGGAUAUCCGGAGUUGAUGGGUUUGGCUGCGGAUAGCCUCAAAUCACUGAUAGAACGCGCGGAUGAACCUUUCGACGCGUUAGUUGGAGUACCGUACGCUGCCUUACCAUAUGCAACGCUGGUAGCGCAUAGCAUAGCAAAACCCCUUAUUAUUACUCGAAAAGAGGCAAAAGCCUAUGGAACCAAGAAACUGGUUGAAGGAUUGUAUACCAAAGGGCAAAAAGUGGCCGUGAUUGAGGAUGUGGUAACGACCGGAGGAAGUAUCAAAGAGGUCGUAAAUGUCUUACGUAACGAGGGACUCGUAGUUGAGCACGUGUUCUGUUUACUCGACAGGGAACAAGGCGGUGUGGAAAAACUCCAAGAGCAUGGAAUCACUCUGCACAGCUUACUAAACAUGGAAAUUGUCCUCACCUUCCUCGCAUCCGUAGGCGCAAUAAACGAGGAUACUGUGACACACAUUAUAUCAGCGCUAGACCUUUCCUUCAAAGAGAUAAGACAUCUUCAAGUUGCAUCAGAAAUGGAAAAACUUACAAACCUUCCAUAUUGCAGUCUGGGUCGACUACCUUUGGAGGAACGAGCACAGCAAAGUACUUGUUCAUUGAAUAAGAAAGUUUUCUCACUUAUGUUGAAGAAGAAUUCAAAUCUUUGCUUGGCCAUAGACUAUACAGAAUCUGAAAAAGUUCUACAGCUAGCUGAGAAAGCUGGUCCGUUCGUGAUAGCCAUAAAAGUGCAUGCAGACGCAAUCACGGAUUUCUCCGACGAUUUUACAACAAAGCUUGUCAGAUUGGCUGGUGAUCAUGAGUUUGUUAUAUUUGAAGACAGAAAAUUUGGAGAUACUGGAAAUACUAAUAUACUACAACUGAAAGGAGCUCAGCGCAUAGCAGAAUGGGCAGACUUAGUCACAGUCCACGCUGUGCAAGGUUCAGAGUCUAUAGCGUCAACCUUUCGACAGGUUAUCGAGGAUCCAGCAUACCGUCUCAGUGGAAUUCUUCUAAUAGCUCAGUUGAGCACAAAGGAAUCACUGACUGCUUUACCUGGAUACACCGAAGCUGCUGCCGAGAUAGGCGGCAAUAAUUGCGAUGUCGUAUGUGGUUUUAUCUGUCAAGCUCGUAUUUCUUCCCAUCCCGACAUGCUUCACUGGACUCCAGGUGUCAACAUGGAUGCUACAGGGGAUAAUGCAGGACAGAUCUGGAGAAGCCUUGAUGAAGCUAUAAUCCGACAGCAAAAUGAUAUCGUCAUCGUUGGAAGAGGUGUAACAUCAAGUGCUACUCCAAUUCAAGAAUUGACUCGAUAUCGAGAAGCUGCGUGGACUGCACUCAUUUCGAAAAAUUGAACGUUUCAACAAAAGAUUGUUCCACAUUUGUUAUGUUUUAUGAUAUUAACUGCCAUUCAACCUGGAAAUUUUGUUACUUUUCUUAUAGCAUUUUACUAACACUAAUCUUCCGGUUCGUUAUGUUCUCAUAGGUUUCAUAAACUUUUACCAUGCAAAACA